UCAAUUCCAGUCCCACAUUUUUUCCAUUUUUCCCCCUAGUCUUUUUUCUUCCCUCGCGCCAUUUAGCUCCCCCAAACACCCCCCCCAUUUCAAUAUUUCAAAAACCCUAGAAUACAAAACCCCUAAUUUCCCAAAUCGAAAUCGAAACACAAAACGCUAAUUAAGAAAUGAAAUCAUUUCUCUUGUUAUCCAUUUUAUUUAAAUUUCGUAGAUAAAGAGGCAGUCUUGGCUUCAUGGAAGUGGAUUAUGUGAGUGAAUGAGAAGCUCGAAAAAGAAGAAAAAAUGGCGCAAUUGAAUGGUUCAAAAGUAAUUCCCAUAAAAUCCGAGCAAGAAUUCAAUGACAUUGGUGAUUGGUCCAACGAGCUUGACCAUCUUCCUUUACUACAACGUCGUAAAUUAUUACUGUCAGGGAAACCAAAUACAACGUCCAAUGUUGAUGUUGUUGUUAGAAAGGAGUACGAGGAUUCCCAGGAAGUUUCUGUGAGUGCCUCUUCUGCUAAUGUGAGAGAAGGUUGCAAAGUUGCAGUAAAUCAGUGUUUGCAGAAUGGCAUUGGUGGGCAAGACUUGGUUAAGUCGGGAGAUUGCAGUAUUCAGGGGACUAAAGUAAAUGCAUAUGUUUGUUUGGAUCAGAAUUCAAUGGUGCAGAGUCAACCUGCUGAAGCGAAGUUCGAGUGUUCGUAUAAUAAUGUUCAGAGCACAUUAGGAGAUAGCAUGACUGGUUCUGCGGGUGCUGAUUUGCAAACAAUUAAGGUCAAGAGUAAUAGUUCUGUUGACUGUGCAGAUGACCUUGAUCAUGUUGUAUUGAGAGUGCGGCAAGGGAUGCUGCUAUCAAGGAAAAUGUUGAGGUUGGAAAAGACAAAUUUGGAGGGAUUGAACAUGGAGUCAAAUUCAUGCCAGAAACUGCAUUUCAUGCCUGCAACAGCUGAUAGUAUGGCUAGCUCAAGUUUAUCAACCAUGAUCAAUGUCAAGGCUGAACCAUUGGAUAACAAUGAAUUGCACAACUCGGACAGAAUCAGUGUCUCUAAUUUCUCCAUUAACAAGGUGCCAGUGAAGACUGAACUUGAAAUCCCCAAUAAACUGUACAAAGACAAGUUGGAUCAUAUGCAAUUGCAAGAUCGCAUCAAAAUGCCGACCAAAUGGAAGAGUUCUAAAUCAAAGAUUUCAGGGAAUUCUGAAUGUUUGCGUAAAGCCAUCCCUUCUGAUGUUGAGUAUGGCUCGACUGUUCCAGACCCAAUAAGGUUCAUCCAACCACGGAAAAGGAAGAAAACCGCCACGGAUUCUGCUGAAACAGCACUGGAGGAAGAUGCUCCUGGACUUCUGCAGGUGUUAGUUGAACAAGGGGUAUCUCUUGAAGAAAUCAAGCUUUAUGGAGAGGCAGAUAAUGAUGAGGCCAUAGACGAAUCAUUUAUUGAAGAUGGAUUUGGAGAGCUUGAAGCUGUUAUGUCAAAGCUACUUUUCCAGCGUAGCUCCUUACUAAAGCUCGCUCCCAUACAAUGUGCGAAGGCCUCAAGACCUAGUUAUUGUUUGGAAUGUCUCUUCUCCCUUGUAGAGCAGACACGGCAUCUUCGGUUUCGUAAUUGGCCUGCUGAAUGGGGUUGGUGCCGAGAUCUUCAGUCAUUUGUAUUUGUCUUUAAAAAGCAUAACAGAAUAGUGCUGGAACGCCCUGAAUAUGGCUAUGCAACAUAUUUCUUUGAGCUGGUAGAUUCCAUAUCCAUUGAUUGGCAGAUUAAGCGUCUGGUGACUGCCAUGAAACUUACCAACUGUGGCAGGGUUAGUGUGGUUGAGAACAGACCAUUAUCGGUUGGUGAAGACAUAACUGAAGGCGAGGCUCAGGUGUUGAUGCAGUAUGGGUGGACACCUAAUAGUGGUUUAGGAACCAUGCUAAACUACUGUGACAGAGUUUUUCAUGACAGGAAGAAUGAGAAGGAUAGCUCAGAGUGGAGAUCAAAAAUAGGGAAAUUGUUGAUGAAUGGUUAUAAUGGUGGAAGUAUUGUUUCAAACAAUAUCGAGACAGAGCUUAUACAGCAUACCAGUGCUGAGAGCCCACAAAUUAAGAUGGAGCUUUAGUCGUGUCAUCCUAUGUUGUGCCUUAUGCGGGUCUGCACUGCAAUUUACACAGAAAUGCACCAAGACUGUGGUGUUCCCUUGCUUCCAAAGUCCCAAUUACUCCCUUCAGUCUCUUGCCGUAUCCUAAACGUAUAAAUAUUUAGAUAGAUGAAACCUGUCGACAGGCUUUUGUGCAGCUAACUACAUACAAAUCAAAGAACCCUAGAAUACUGAUUGUUGUGAUGUAGUGUUGUUACUCAUAACCGAAGUUUGCUUUUCUUUCUUUCC